AGGUCCAGCAAUUUCCGUUUUAUAGUUUAAUCAUAUCCAUUUGAAUAACACAUUCAAAUUUGAACAGGAAAAAUAGUUGUUUGCGCGGCAAAUAGCUUAAAUUGCUCUAGUUUCUGUCUCGCCAGCGCAUUCGUAUUAUGCGUUGUGUCAUUUGACUGAAAGUGACGUUUAUGGCGCCAGAAAUCAAGGAGGAACGGAGUUCGUUUUCAAAACGAUGCGUUAUCGUUUAACGUAUUCGGCGUAUUAAAAGCUUGACAAAAACUUUUUAUAAGUGAGUUUGACAGCGAAUGGUCUGAGCAUAUUAAAAGGCGCGUAAAAGAUGGUGAUGUUUCGCAGAAAUGGUGAUAUGGACUCCAGCUCGGAGUUUCUCUCUCUUAACCCGCCUCAGAGAAAGUCCGCGCGGCUGAGAAAGGCCCAUGAUGACAGUUUAACAAGCGCCGAGGACAGUCCGGCUAAUGGGUUUUUGACUGUAAAGGAGGAAAACAACAUGAGCAGAGCUCAAAGAGGAAGACAUAUGGUCACCUUUGCUGAUAUGAAUGGACAAACAAGCAAAUCUCCUCCAAAAGAUGAGAAAAGUGGGAUGCAUUUAAGAAAAUCUCCAAGGCUUCAGGCGGAGGGGGAGAGGUCGGCAGAUGAGCACACAGAUGAGAUGGAGUCAACUCCUACUUCUCGAAACCUUCGUGCUCGGAUUCAAAGGCGAGAAGAAGACAGUGCCGUGAGACGUAGCUCCAGAAUCACACGAUAUAAGCUUGACGCUAGGAACCAGUCGGUCCUCUAUGACAGGCUUAUUACGAACACUGCAGAAGCUGUACUUCAGAAGAUGGAUGACAUGCAAAAGAUGCGUCGGAGACUGAGGAGCAAAGACAGCGAGGAGGAGAAUUUGAGAAUUUACUCUGGGACAAAAAGGAAGAGGAUCGCAAAACCUUCAGUAGGAGGACAAGAAGAGAGUUCAGACAACCAGGAGAAUGAAUAUAGUGAUCAAGAGGAGGAGGAGGAGGAGGAUGGAGAAGGUGAGGAAGAAGAAAAUGAUGAGGGAGAUGAAGAUGAGGAUGAAGAUGAAGAAGACAGUGGAAAGCGCUAUGAGUUUCGACAAAGAAAAGCUGUUGUUCGUUACCAGGCACCUCUUGAUGAGCCAAAAAAGCAGAGCAUAUUUUUUAAGCGUCACUCCAACCCAAUUAGACGAAGAUAUACAUUUAGUACUUCAAGUCCCAGGAGCCUGUACAACAACAGGAGGGGCACCAGUUGUAGCAGAAAUGAGGUUGAUGGGAGAAGACAUGCCAUCCACAGUAGUGACUCCACCUCAUCCUCUUCUUCUGAUGAAGAGAAAUUUGAGAGGCGGAGAAGUAAGAGUCGUAGCAGGUCAAUAAACAGAUGCCUCCCUAUGAAUUUACGGAAGGAGGAUUUGUUGGGAAUCCACAAGGACAGGAUUAAAAUUGGAGCAAGUCUUGCAGAUGUUGAUCCAAUGCAAAUUGACCAAACAGUGCGCUUUGACAGCAUUGGAGGUUUGGGCAAACACAUCUCUGCACUGAAGGAGAUGGUUGUGUUUCCUUUACUUUACCCUGAGGUCUUUGAGAAGUUUAAGAUUCAGCCUCCAAGAGGCUGUCUGUUCUACGGCCCUCCCGGCACAGGAAAGACUUUAGUGGCUCGGGCCCUAGCAAACGAGUGUAGUCAAGGUGAGAGGAAGGUGGCGUUCUUCAUGAGAAAAGGAGCAGACUGCCUCAGCAAAUGGGUGGGCGAGUCUGAGAGACAGCUCCGCCUCCUAUUUGACCAGGCAUACCAGAUGCGUCCAUCAAUUAUUUUCUUUGAUGAAAUUGAUGGUAUUGCACCUGUUCGGUCCAGCCGUCAAGACCAGAUACACAGGUGUUCCAUCGUGUCCACUCUGUUGGCUCUCAUGGAUGGGCUAGACAGCCGUGGAGAGGUGGUUGUUAUUGGAGCCACUAACCGUCUGGACUCCAUCGAUCCUGCACUCAGACGGCCCGGACGAUUUGACAGAGAGUUUCUCUUCAACCUACCAGACAGAGAGGCUCGCAAAGAUAUUUUGAAGAUUCAUACUAGGCAGUGGGACCCGCAGCUGUCCGAUUUGUUUCUUGAAGAGUUGGCUGACAAGUGUGUUGGUUAUUGCGGCGCAGACAUCAAAGCUGUGUGCUCAGAAGCAGCUCUCUGCGCCUUGCGUAGACGCUACCCCCAGAUCUAUGCAUCCUCCCAGAAACUCUUGCUGGAUGUGGAGUCCAUCAGCGUGAGUGGCCGAGACUUCCUCUCUGCCAUGACGAAGAUAGUUCCAGCUUCACAGAGGGCGGUGGCCUCUCCAGCUAAAGCACUCACUCCUGUUAUUGAACCUCUGCUGAGCUCUGCCCUUAAUAAAGCCAUGGAGAUGCUGCAGAGACUCUUUCCUCAUGUAGAGCAGGGCCUCAAGAAGAAAAAAGAUGCUGAGGGUGUGUCUGGCAUCUUAGAUGAUCUACUACAGAGCGAAGAUGAGGGGUCCUCUGUGUGCAUUACUAAUAAAGGCCAGAAGAACACUGGACCGUCUGCAUCUGCGCUUCAUCUGAACAGGAGUGCCCUGCAGCAGCCCACCUCAUUCAGACCCAGACUGCUGCUCUGUGGGACAUCAGGCUCUGGUCAGACCUCACACUUGGCUCCUGCUAUUCUCCACUCCCUGGAGAAGUUCACCGUUUAUACACUUGACAUUGCUGUGUUGUAUGGGGUCAGUUCAGCCACCCCAGAAGAGGCCUGUGCACAGGUUUUCUGUGAGGCGAGGAGAACCGCCCCCAGCAUUCUGUAUAUUCCACACAUUCAGUGCUGGUGGGACACUGUGAGCUCCACCUUAAAGGCCACAUUCAUCAGUCUCCUGCAGGACAUUCCUUCAUUCUGCCCCUGCCUCCUCCUCGCCACAUGCAGCUUUCCUCACCACACGCUCUAUCCUGAGGUGCAGGACCUUUUCCAUGUUGAGUAUGGGGAGGUUUUCGAUGUUCCGCUUCCAUCUCAGGAGGAGAGGCACAGAUUCUUUGAGGAUCUUAUUUUAAAUCAAGCUGCUAAGGCACCGGUGUCUAAGAGAGAUGCAGUCCUCCAGGCACUGGAGGUGUUACCGGUGGCCCCUCCACCACCUCCCCGCCAGCUCUCUAAGCAGGAGAUGCAGAAGCUAGAGGAACAGGAAGAGGACACGCUCAGGGAACUCCGCCUCUUCCUGCGGGAUGUCACCAACCGACUGGCUCAGGACAAACGCUUUAAGGCCUUCACAAAACCUGUGGACAUAGAGGAGGUUCCCGAUUACACUACAGUCAUCAAACAGCCUAUGGACCUGUCCACAGUUCUCUCCCAAAUUGAUUUGCACAAGUAUGAAACUGUGGCGGCUUACCUGCAAGAUGUGGAUCUGAUCUGGCAGAAUGCCCUCGAGUACAACCCAGACAGAGACCCCUCAGAUCGGCUCAUCAGACACCGUGCCUGUGCUCUCAAGGACACUGUGCAUGCCAUAAUCAGAGAUGAAUUAGAUGAGGACUUUGAGAAGAUCUGCGCUGAAAUCAAGGAGUCUCGCAUCAAACGAGGCUCCACCUCGUCACGAUUCACUCCUGCCUACUACCACGUGCUGCCAAAGCUGUCCGCUACAGUGGAGCAGAAGACAAGUGAUCCAGCACCCAGUAAAGAUGCUACACCUGUGCCAGCACAAGCAGUGAUAUCACCACGUCAAACAGGAGUUAAUACAGCUUCACAGAUGAAAAAGAAGAGGAAAAACCGAUGGAGAAAUGGAUUCAUCCGCAGAAAGAAGUCUUGCUCAAAUUUGAACUCUAAAGACAACCCUAACACAGCAGAAUCGGAAGACGAAGAGGAGGAAGAAGAGGAAGAUGGAAAACUGGCUGAGAGUGAAGAUGCCGAGAAGAUGAAAGAUGUUGAAUGUGAGUCAAUGGAGACUGAUGGCUGCGCUCGUGCAGAAGAAGCCACGGAAUCCACUGCUGUAGCACAGAAUAACAACAUCCCUAAUGAAGGACAAGAACCUGAUAAUACUGCCUCUGCAGAGGAUGAGGUCGUAAAUGUUGAGACCGUCCAGAAUAAUGCCACUGAUGGCCACAAUGAUGUCCAAGAAUCAGAGGGCAGUGAACCUAAGAGGACAGAGCCAAGUGCAGAGGACAACACAGAAACAGAGUUCAGACUGAGGCGGAUGACGAGAGGGUUUAAGAUGCAGGCCGAACAGCAGAGUCUCAUCAGUGUGGAUGCUGCCAUCAAGAUCCUGGAGCAGAAGAACAUGCCUCUUAUCGUGGACCACAACAAACUGAAAGAACUUCUACAGAGAGUUGUGAACAUGACGGAGGGAUAUGAGGUCAAUCAGCUGGAGAAACUUUAUGCUCUGCUGUGUCAGAGCAUUUAUAGACACAGGAAAGAUUACGACAAAACUGCACUUAUACAGGAGAUGUCAAAAGAAGUUGAAGAGUUUUCCUAGUUCUUUUUCUAAACAAACUACAACUUAUUUCUUAAAAGAAAUGCUCCAUAAACUAUAUUUUGCUAAUUCUGUAGUCAUGUCUUUGAGUGUUGUGCAUAUUAAAAGCCUUUAUCACAAUU